GCUCACUGGCAGGGAGGCCACGAGUUAACUUUCCGACCUGCACCGACGGAAUCAGCCUACUCGGAGCGGGCGAGCCGUGGCCACUCCGCGGCUCCGCCAGCUCCAUCCCGGCAUCCUCUGCGCCACGCUGCCGCCGAGCCACGCGCGGGAGCAGGGCGUCACUCCCCGCCUGCAGCCGGGCAUUGCUAUGGCAACGCAGCCACCCCAGCUAUGGCGCUGCAGCCCGCCCCUCCGUCGCGGGUGUUCAUGGAACUGGUUCCCUGGGCUAACCUGGGCCGGGAAAACAACCCGAUCCCGGCCUUGGAGGCGCAGCCCGUCGGCAGCCGUCCCCACGCCGCCAAGGCCCACCCCGGAGCCCGCGAGGUCCACGUGAGCGGCGCAGCCGAGGUGUCCGCCAGCCCCGACCGGGCGCAGGUGGCCGUGCGGGUGAGCAGCACCAAGGAGGCUGCAGCCGAGGCCAAGAAGAGUGUGUGCCGCCGCCUAGACUACAUCACGCAGAGCCUCCAGCAGCAGGGUCUUCAGGCAGAAAAUGUAACAGUGACAAAGGAUAUUAGAAGAGUAGAAAAUGCUUAUCACAUGGAAGCCGAGGUCUGCAUUACAUUUACUGAAUUUGGAAAAAUGCAAAAUAUUUGUAACUUUCUGGUUGAAAAGCUAGAUAGCUCUGUUGUCAUCAGCCCACCUGAGUUCUAUCACACUUCUGGUUCCAUUGAGAAUCUUCGGCGGCAAGCCUGUCUUGUUGCUGUUGAGAAUGCAUGGCGCAAAGCUCAAGAAGUCUGUGACCUUGUUGGCCAAACUCUGGGAAAACCUUUACUAAUCAAAGAAGAAGAAACCAAAGAAUGGGAAGGUCAAAUCGAUGAUCAUCAGAUAUCCAGACUGCCGGGUUCAUUAACUGUACAGCAAAAAAUCAAAAGUGCAACAAUGCAUGCAGCUUCAAAAGUGUUUAUUACUUUUGAGGUAAAAGGGAAAGAGAAGAAGAAAAAGCAUCUUUAAAAUUCCAACUAAAACAUACUGUAUUUGUAUUUUUAAAUGUGUUUUUAUACAUUUUAUAGUGCUUAUUUCUGUCCUGAACAUACAUAUUGUAUGGUAGACUGAUUCUCUAUAAAAAUCUGCCAUGUUUUGAACAUAAUCCCACAGAAUACUUGUGUUCACUUUCUAGUUUCCAAAACAUUCUGAGAAAAAUUGUGAGAAAUAAAUGUAUUAAAACACACUUUUGUAUACUAACAAUUUAUAUAUUGUAAAUAAAAUAAACAAA